CCAAAAUAUAGUAGAAACAAGAUUUUAAUCAGAAAAAAAAGUAAAAACAACACAAGGAACCCUAGUCCAGAAAAUCUGAAAUCAAGCUCACUCAUGGAGUACAACUGAUGCCACCCACCGCGGGUCGUCCCUGUGCAAAAGAAGCGUCCAUACUCCAUACAGCCCAGCCGAUUGCCUCCAGACUCUAAUGUGCCGCCGAUUUCUUCCAAAGCGCAACGGGUCAACGCCGGCGCCUCAGCUCAGCCUGUCCUGCAUCUCGCCCUUACUCCAAGCCUGCACUCGUCACUCCUAACACCAACGGAACCUCUGCCUAUUUCUGUCGAAUCCCAAGCCUUUGACCAUAUCGGGUCAGCCAUACACAGUAGGGGGUGUUUUUGUUGAAGUACGCACAAUGCUAGCUACAAGAGUAAUGGACCAUCAUGCAAACAGUCCGGGACCAAUUGAUGACUCAGUAUUGUAUGACCAGGAUAAGCAUGUAUCAAGUGCAGUCUGGGAGGGGCAGGAGCGUGGUGCUCUUAGAUGCCAUGAACACACGUCAAGGCUUGACAGGUGGAUGCUCACUGAAAAACAGAUAGAGUUGGUUAAAAGGGCUGGGUUUGGCCACUUAAGAUUGAUACCUGCAAUCAGUUUGGACAAUCCACUUAUCUCUGCUUUGGUAGAGAGAUGGAGGAGAGAAACAAACACAUUCCAUUUCACUGUAGGGGAAAUGACAGUUACACUUGAGGAUGUUGCUUACUUGGUCGGGCUUCCGGUUGACGGUGAACCGGUUAUAGGUGUGACAUAUACUUCGUGUGAGGCAGUGUGCCUCAAGUAUUUAGGCAAAUCACCAGACUCUGGGUACACAAGUGGUGGCAUGGUUAAGCUUAGUUGGUUGAAAGAGACUUUCUCUAUCUGUCCCGAAGGUGCAUCACUUGAAGAUAUUGAGCACCAUACACGUGCUUACCUUCUUUAUCUCAUUGGUAGCACAAUUUUCUCAACUACUACCGGGAAUAAGGUACCUGUCAUGUACCUUCCCUUGUUUGAAAGUUUUGAUGAAGCUGGAAGGUAUGCUUGGGGUGCUGCAGCAUUGUCCUUCUUGUACAGAGCACUUGGAAAUGCCUCUCUUAAGUCUCAGAGCACAGUUAGUGGUUGUUUGACAUUGCUACAGUGUUGGAGUUAUUAUCACCUGAACGUUGGUCGGCCAAAGCUAAAUCAUGACCCGGUCCAUGAAUGUUUUCCCUUUGUACUUAGGUGGAAAGGAAAACAAAGCAGCCCAACAUCAAACCGCGAUGUAGCUUUCUAUCGGAAAUCUUUGGACCUGCUAAAGCCAUCUGAUGUUGAUUGGUGUCCUUAUUCCAACAUAAGUCACACAGUUGUACCAGAAAACAUUUUGAAUACUCUCAUCCUUGGAAGAUCAAAGACGAUGCUAAUAUGCUUUGAUAAAGCAGAGAGACACCUUCCGGAUCGUGUCCUGAGGCAAUUUGGAAUGAGUCAAACAAUCCCCCAAGAGGUACAAAGAUGGGAAAGGAAGAGCCGUGGAGUAGAUGGUGGGGUGGACCUCUCAACAAAAAUGGAAUCCGAGCUUAAUGAAUGGUCAAACCGUCAUCACCAUGUUGUGGAGGCAGAGGAAUAUGUGAAGGAAAGUGCAUACAUGCAAUGGUAUUGGGAUAUCACUCGCAGGUUGGUAGGAAGGCCUAUACCCAUCUCUUCUGAGUUUCAAAGAAUGAAUGCUGCACUUAGGGAAAUUGCACAUUUGGCAGACACCCUAUCAACUCAUGGGAUGGAUGAUCAUCAGAUUCAAGCUGUCACAAGAAUACGAUAUGCUGCUCACGAGUGCUUGAGAGACCAGGGUGGCGGGAGUUCAAUGGUUAUUAUUGCCAACUCGCCAAAUGAAGUUGGAACACAUGGGAGAGGAAAGGAGAGAAUAAGAAGGAAGGGCACUUGCAAACGUAGGCGAAAAGAGGAAGUGGAUCAGUAUUAUGCUCCUGAUGGAAUAAUGGACCCACCACUGUCACAUCAUUUUUCUCCUGCAGCCAUUGAGGAGACCGCCGAUCAUGCACACCGCCCUCACCUGUAUGCCUCAGGCGGUGAGGUUGAUAAUUCCCAUCAUCUCAUGUAUAUCACAUCCAACGAGGUUGAUGAUGUUGGUGAAAUAGCCGGUGCGGGUCCCACGGUUGAUGAUUUGGAGAUUUGUGAUGACGCAUUAGACAACGUUAACCAACGUUCAAGUUUUCAUCAUGCAGCUGAAGACGAGGAAGAUGGACUUCCUCUGAAUGGAAUGGUGGAUGGAGGGUCACAUGGGAAUGGUUCCAUUGAUAUUAUGCAGUCAGGUGUCAUAAUUUAGCCAUUCAAUCGCUUUUGUAGAUGAUGUUACUUUUGUCAAAUAUAUAUGGCCAUUAUUAAAUAUUUUCUUAUGAUGUAGAGAAGUGCUAGAGUCCAUAACGAUGUGCUGCUAGCACUGACUUGAAGCUGGAAUGUGCAAUUAGCCCUAACUAUGCCAUCUUUUUGAUCGGAGCUGAUUAUGAGUUGGGUUAAGUGUCGAGUAGACUAUGUCUCUAAUCAUAGAGGUGGGCAAGGUUGUAGUGCCCAUUGGUGUUAGUCAGUGAAUUGAUAAGAAACUUCCUAGCUCCAUACUUGUUACCAUGCACAUGAGUAUAAUAAUGAAAAAGAAGUAUCACUGUAUUUUUAGUCUACUACUACAGUGGUUUAAAGACUUAAAGUUCAAACUGACCUGUUACUAGCUAGAAUGGUCAAAAUGGCCCAGUCGAAGGACAGGUCUGUAAGAGCAUCUUGAUCGUGCGUUUAAUUUCUAUUUUUUUGAAUUGAACAUGUUUUCUUCAUUGUA